AUGCCGCCGGUCGUCGUGGACGGAGAGCACGAUCCAGGGCGCACCAGGACAGCCGGAGACCACGUCGCCAGCCUGGGCGACCUACCUGAUGAUAUUGUUGCAGCUGUCCUAGCCGAUGUAGCCGCCGACGCCGACCGUCCCGGUGAUCUUCUCUCCGUUUUCAUGACGUGCAAGAAGUUUUAUUCGCUGGGUUGGUCUCCAAUCGUCAUCAAGAGUGCAUCUCCUGGAGCCCUUUCAAUCUCUGCGAAAUCAUGGUGCCCUGGAGCAAAAAUUUCUUGCAGCGCUGUGCGGAAGCCGGGAGCAUCGAUGCAUCUUUCAUGCUGGGCAUGGUUAGCCAGCUCGUUUAUUCAGAGAUUUUUCUACUCGCUCCUUACUUUUUUAUUCGUGCUGAUACUUUUCUACUGCCUCAAGCUACGAGAUGAUGGCAUUGCAAAGAUAACAUCUGCUGCUUCCAAGGGCCACACGGACGCAACGUACUCGUUGGCAGUCAUCCUCUUCAACGGUAGGGGUGGUGCCGAAGAAAGCCGCGACAUCCCCGCCGCGGUGGCGUUGUGUCAACAGGCGGCAUCUAAUGGUCACUUGAUCGCAUUACGCGAGCUAGGGUUUUGCAUGCACGACGGGUACGACAUUUGCCAGGACAUGCAAGAAGGGCACCGCCUUGUUGACCUAGCAAAAAGCCUCGAGAUGGCAGAAGCGCUCGAUCGGAACGGAUCGCUUCUUGGACCAGUGCGCCACGGAAAGGGAGGUGCGCCGCACAUAUAUCGCUAA